AUGUCACAGAGGAUAGACUUAUCACAACUUCAACCUCAACAAUUAGUUGAAAUAAGAAAAAGUACUGAAGAUGAAAUCAACCAUUUCACUCAGUCUUUGCAAGCUUUACAAACAGCUCAGAACAAAUUGAAAGACUGUAUAAAUAGUAUCAAUGGAAUGCAAUCAACCAAGAACGAUGAUAUUUUAGUACCAAUGACUUCUUCCUUAUACUUGCCAGGACAAAUAAAGGAUAGAUCUAAAUACUUGGUAGAUAUAGGAACAGGUUAUUAUGCCGAAAAGAAUGCAGAUGAGGCUAAAAUUUCUUUUGAAAAGAAAAUCAAUAAAUUGUCCCAAGAUUCAACCAAAUUGAAGGAUAUCUUAGUGCAAAAGAAUGAAGUUUUGAAUAACAUCACAUUAAUAUUGAGAAGUAAGGUCAUUCAAAUGGAAAAAGAGCAAGCACAAGCAAAGGCUUAA